AGUUUAGUAGAAUACAUGGAUUCCAAUAAAUACCUGGAGCAUCUGCUGACUCAACUCCAGGAACAGCACCGAAGCCUUUGGAGGGAGAAGCUGGCUGUGGCCAGGCUGCAGCGAGAAGUUGCCCAGAGGAGGAGUGAAGGAGCCAUGCAUGAGAAGCUGAUACAUGAGUUGGAAGAAGAAAGACACUUGCGUCUUCAAAGUGAGCAGCGAUUACAAGAGGUGACCCUGGAGUCUGAGCGCAACAGGAUUCAGAUGCGGGGCCUGCAGCAACAGUUUUCCAGGAUGGAAGAAACAGUCCGCAGCUUACUGCAGAGUAAGGGACCUCCCGAGCCGCAGAAGGAAGAGAGUGUGUGCGCCAUGGUCCAUCAGGAGAAACUGUCAGAGGAAGAGAAGAAGCACAGAGAUGCUUUGGAAGAGCUUCACAUGGUGGGAGAGGAGGAUCUGAGGAGCGAGAGCAGCGGUGCAGAUGGCGGGAAAGACAAAACCAAACUGCUGUUAGAACGAUUGAAAGCUCUUGAGGCAGAGAAUUCAGCAUUGGCUUUGGAAAAUGAAAAUCAAAGGGAACAAUAUGAGAGAUGUCUUGAUGAGGUAGCCAACCAAGUUGUUCAAGCUCUUCUCACUCAAAAGGAUCUGAGGGAGGAAUGUGUGAAAUUGAAAACGAGAGUAUUUGAUUUGGAGCAACAGAACCGAACGUUAAGCAUCCUCUUCCAGCAGCGAGUCAGACCAGCUCCUGAUCUGCUCUUCCAGCAGCUCCACCGAAGAAAGAUGGAUGUUUCUUCUGGAGAUUUGCUUUCAGACCCAGAAAGAAGCUGAAGCCCGACAGGGUCACAAGCUGAUGUUGAGAUUCACGAACACCAGCUGAAUGGAAAAUCCGGAACCCCCACUUUAAGAUGUGCUAGUUUGGGGGUACCUCUUCCCAGUCAUCUCUGUCCUGCAAACAGCUGCAGCAGCAGCGAGCUGUCCCUGACAAGCACCUGCAGCGAGUACUCCAGCGGCUCCUCAUACACAUGGAAUGAUGGAAAGACCCCCGGGAAGAGGCAGUCUUCACAAAACUGGGAUAAAAGGCUAAGUAUUGGUUCGUCACUCCCGAGUGGCUUUGCUAGCACAACAGAUGCGCUACCUCCAACUCGUAUCAAGGAAAGUCAUAUUUUGGAAGGACUAAAGAAACUACAGAAGCGGAAAGUGCUCCUUGAAACCCCCUCCAUGGUAACCAAAUGGGGCUACAAAGAUUGCAUGAAUUCAAAUGAAGGAAUCUAUUCUCCGGGAGUUAAGUGCACCAGCCUCAAGGCCUGCUCACCCUGCCAGCCAGCUGCUGUGGGGAGCCCCUGCAAAGAGCAACACAAGGCGUUUGCUUAUGACACGGAUUCCCACGAUGAUGCUGAUGAGGACCCAGCCUCCGUGGCCCUGCUCCACACGCUUCCAGACCAGCGCUGCAGGCUGAGUGGCUGCAGAUUAACCCAGAGUGCUUCCAACAGUCUGCUUGGCUGGGAACCGAGUGGAAAGUCCUUUUUAGAAGGUGCUGCCUUGAUUUACCCCAGGGAGAGGCCUGAGAAGCUGAGCAGUUGUGUCAGCCACUGUCCCUUAGAGGGAAAGCUGUGCCCCAGAGGGCAGAUGCCUCAGUUAGAAAGGACAGGAGGUGGCCACCACCAGGGCUGCCUGGCCCUCCGCCCCCAGCUCUCAGACACUGAUGACAGUGAGACGCUGGAUGAGCUGCACAUCGGGAGCAGUGAUGACAAGAGCCCCUCGGACCUGUCACUGGCUGCCGACACAGACCGGUCCGUGGAGAACCUGGACAUCCUCCUUGCACUUGGAAAGCCUCAACGUGAGUCUCUUGAUGAGAAGGAGAAGCAAGUACCCAUCCACUUAGAGAACAAGCCAAAGACGUUUAGUUUCAUUAAGCAGCGAAGGGUUGUGAAAAGGACUUCUUCAGAAGAAUGUACAACACUGAUAUUUGACGCAGAAGAUGGUGAGCCCAUUGAGUUCAGCUCCCACCAGGCUGGAGCUCUCACUGUGAACGGGAAGGAAGUUUCCAUCAGGCAGGCCUCUGCUGGGCCCACAGCCAGACACACUGACUUUUCACCUCAGGGAAUUGCUCACGUGCAGCAGGGAGCUGGUGCCAGAGACUUUCUUUUCUUACAUAGAUCUGAAGUGGAAACUGAGCGAAACAUUCCAGAAGACAGUGUCGAUAAUACUCCCUCAGCACCCACGGGACCUUGCGGCCUGAGGACAGUAACACAAAAUAACACUCAGCGACAAAAGCUAGCCAGACUAGUGCACAAUACAUCCUGCCAGAGUGGCCCGAGGUCUUCAGUGUCCAUGAGCAUCCAUCAAAAGCAAAAUCUGACAAAAAUACCUGCCCGGGGGAGGUCAGCAUCUCAGAAAUCAAAAAUAACGGAGCCUGAAGCCUCCUCAGCGGGGCCCUCAGCUGAACUGGUGACCACUGACCAAUCACCGGGCUUCAUUCCUGGGAAGCUGUCCCAGUUCAAGGGGACCGAGAGCCCAGCACACCUUUUGGAUUUACGGCCAGAUUCACACAUUCCACAGCACCUCACUCAACUUCCUCUAGGCUCCAGAACGCCCAGCAGAAGGGCCCCAUGCUCCAAGAGUCCCAUUCCAGGGUCACGGUUGCUGUCCAGGCCCCUCAUGGAGCCAGGUGACCGUGGAGACCCCCCCACAAAGGAUGCACAGCCUGACUUGGGACCAGAGGCUAGGGGAAAGUCCCCUCCUCUUCCCCCGGGAAGGUCCUUGUCACUACUGAUCAGACCCAGUUAUGACUAUUUGUCACCAUUUUCACCCAGCAAGCCUGAAGCCAGGGUUCCCAAUGAAAUGGCUAAGGCAGUGUUGAAACCCUCCCCUCCUAAAGGAUCCUCCGCACCUCAGGCCAUGACUGAAGUUCAGGGGAAGAAACCUUCCGUGGCCUUCAAAAAGCCCCUCUUCCCUAACCCUCCACCCUCCACAGACACCAUGGUUCAUGCCAGAUGCCCUGGGCACCCCACCUCCAGCUCUUUUGCAGUGAUGGCUCCUGUACCUCCAAAAGUCUCUCCAAAGAGAGGCAUCCCUAAAACCUCUCCUCACCAGACCCCUGGGACCACAGAGGCAGACACAGGGUUUCACACUCCCAGGAACUGUCCCUCCACCCAAGAGGUCCUGGAAACACUGUCCUCCAAAAGUGUCUCCCCAGUAAGAAAAGGACAGCUGACCAACAGUGCCCCCACAUCAACCAAGACCCCAUUUUUAGAGUCAUCAUCCUCUCAGGUUAACACGCCCUCCCCAGUGACGCCCCAGAGAAGCCACAGUGCCAUACCCGGCUGUCUCAGUGUUCAUGAGAAAGGCCUGAAAACCCGCCUUCCGGUGGGCCUCAGAGCUCUCCUCAAAUCUCCCCAAUUGCUCAGGAAAAGUUCCACGGUGCCGGGGAAACAUGAAAAGGACAGUCUAAACGAGGCCUCAAAAAGCUCGGUGGCUACAGGAAGGACUCAACAGGAGGACAGGAAGGCAGCGAGCCCCGCAGAGGAUGGACAAAGCCUGAGCCUCCAGCCCAAAGACAGGCCAUCCCAAGGGUGUUCCCAGGAGCAAGCCCUACUGGACCCACCAGAGCACUGUGUCCCAGGGGCUGAUGGAGGAGAUGGGGGAGAAAGCAAAUCUGUGAAGCGAUCACUAUCCGCCAGCAAGCCGCACCUCAAACCAGCUCUGGGCAUGAACGGGGCCAAAGCCCGCAGCCAGAGUUUCAGUGCUCACUCAGGGGACAAGCCCCCCACGCCGCCCACGGAAGGGGCCAGCAAGGUCCGCACGCAGAUCAUCACCAACACUGCAGACAGGGGCAGCUCCCUCACCCGACAGAGCUCCUUUCUGGAAGGCCUUCCGAGCAAGUCCCCUUUCCUUCCAGCCCCUGAGAGCCUGUCCCAAGCUGGGAGACCUCUGGGGCUCCCUUCCUCCCGCCAGAGCUCUCUGGGGAGCACAGGUAGCUCUAGCAGCCAGCACGACAGCCCAAGCAGGUUGCCUUUGAGGGUCCCUGCAGAACCCGAAGAGCUCAUCAACCCUCCUGGGUCGGAAGACCAGCUGGCCUACACCCAGGGCAGCUGCCCCAGCGUGGUUGUGCCUGAAGAACAAGGCAGUGACCACUGCAGGUGCCCAACCACCCCAACAGGCUGUCCUCGUGUCCUGCAGAGCCCAGGGAGGGUGCAAUGUUCAAGCAGUUUGGAAACAGGCAGGACACCCCUGGUGGAAACUUGCGGAAGGCAUCCCAAUACAUCUGCUCCCAGGCUUGAUGCUGUGAGUCCAGAAGCCCCGUUGUCACCAUCCAUUGAAGAAAAGGUCAUGUUGUGCAUUCAGGAGAACGUGGAGAAGGGCCAGGUGCCAACCAAGACCACCCCCACGGGCACCAAACAGAAGCCAGGGCCCUCAUUUGCCAGCUGGUUUGGUUUCCGGAAGAGCAGGCUUCCAGCGCUCAGUAGCCGGAAGGCAGAUGUCUCCAAAACCAAAGAGGAAAAGAAAGAAGCAAAGGGGCUAGGGUUUGGAAAUAAGCAGCUAAAUUCUGAGAGAAAGAAAGAGAAAAAGAAGCCUGAGGUACCAAGUGAGAUGGAAAAUGAGCUCAGGGGGGAAACUGAGUCAGCAGGUGGUCCAGAGGUUAGUUCCCACAGCAGACAGCACCCGAAGCCAUCACAGGACAUUUACAACCAAUUGGAGUUUGAACCAAGAAAUAAACCCAGCUCUGUCCCGUGUUCACCAAAAGAUACCUUUAUGGCGGAGCUUUUGAACAGAGUUGAUAAGAAAGGAACUCACCAGACAGAUGGUGGAUCGAGUAACGUCUUUUACCAGAGUGUGUUAAAGGGCAGCUCCCAGGGCCCCUGUCUUGCUGGAAGCACUGUCAGCAAUCAAGGAAACCACAAGAAAAACAUCAAAACUAAAGUGGAUGUGGACACACCAAAUGAUGCGCUGACAAAAGAAGCAAAUGAAAGCCUGCAAGAAGAUGAGGAAGAUGCUGUUGUGGACUCUGCAUUUCAGAGCCACGUCCUAGAAUCGAACUGCCAGAUGAGAACACUCGACAGUGGCAUUGGAACAUUCCCACUGCCAGACUCAGGAAAUCGCUCCACAGGACGGUACCUAUGCAAACCAGACUCCCCAGGGGACACAGAGCCAGCCUCCUCUCUCCAGCCAGCACUUCCUACAGCUUCGUCCACCAGAGCUCACACCCUUGACAGUCAAGUGCCUUCCUCCUCAGACAGCCAGGUCCCUGCAGACAGGACCAUGGUCCAUCCUGCCUCAGACCCCAGCAUGACCACCAGAGGGGUGCGACCCCCUCAAAGCCGCCUGCCCAAACUCGCCUCCUCAGGAAAACCCACCUCCCAAAAACAGAACGACACUGAGCCCAGACCUCAAACGUGCCCGUCAUGUGACUAUGCUGAAACCACAACUCCACAUGAGCCAGACUGGGAGGGUGAUGCUGCUACUGACCCCCAGGACAAAGUACCCAGAAUGUGUGCGUACUCUGCCAGCCGUGGCAGUGGUAGUGACAGUGACCCGGACGGUGGAAAUAAUGGUUUUGGAGCUGGAAGGGGAGAGUUAGUGAACACAGAGAAGAGUGUCCUGCCACCCCAGGUAACGCCCUGCGAGCUCACGGGACAAGCAGGUGCCUCUCUGUCUGAGAAGCCACCAGUUACGUCUUCGUUGUCCUCUGUCCCCCUAUCUCCUUGA